AUAAGAAUAUUUAACGUAUUUCCUCGAAUAAGGGCCCUACUCAAAUAAGCGCCUAUCACUAAUAUAUUACCACUAUAGAUACACAUAUUUGAGCCAGUAUUAUGUACAUCAGUGGUUAGAGUGGUCCAAAUAGCCUAACUGUUCAUCCUCAGUCCUCAAGACAUAGAGUUACGGGUUUGAUCCUGGGUUUUGCAAUUUUUUUUCGUGAUUUUUGCCUCUGUUAAGCAAUAAAUGCCUAGGCCCUUAUUCGAGGAAAUACGUUUUGUAAGUUUAUAAUGGAAUCUAUUGUUGCUGAGGGUACACCAGUGAAAGAAUUUAAGAAACAAAUUAUUGAAGAAGCAAAAGUACAAGGAAUUGACUGUGUCCUUGAAUUAGAAAAAAUGAGAUUACGUUUCAAGGAUGGAGUAUCCCCUGGUAGAGUAUAUUAUCUUGAUCAUCAGUUCAUUAAUACUAGUAGGGAAAUGUAUGUGGAACCAUUGAAAGGACCAGAGAAGAAGAAGGAUGUAACACAGACACAGGUGUAUGUUAUAAAAUGGCGUCCAUCACAAUGUUCAGUUGAUCCAAUAGAAGAAAUUAUACUGGAUAAUACAUAUGGUCCUAAGCAUGUUAUUGAAAAGGUAUUAUUUAUAAUAAGGAACAUGUGUAAGUAUCACAUUAUUAUUGUUUUCACAGCUUUCGGAGUUAAGUGGAGUUCCUGUUGA